UUUUUGAAGAGUCCAAGGAAUAUAGGUUGAUUUAGCCCAUUAAACUGACUUGAUUUUAGUUCAACCCAUCCAUUUGACACUCCUUAGUGUAAGUUGUAAAAACGGUAAAGUUGCUGCCAUGUGACUAGUGUAAUCUGGUCGAAUUUGGUUAUUUUGUGGUGUUGCGAAUCGUUAUGUUUUGAAGGGGAGCCUUGGAGUCACUGGUAAAGUUGUUGCCUGUGACUAGGAGGUCACGGGUUCAAGCCUUGGAAACAACCUCGGACAGAAAUGCAAGGUAAGGCUGCAUACAAUACACCCUUGUGGUGGGGCUCUUUUCCGGACCCUGCACAUAGCGGGAGCUUUUAGUACACCGGGCUGCCUUUUAGUGUAAGUUGUUAAAACGUCAAAAUAGGUAUAUAUGCGAGAGAAAAGGAAAAGAAGAAACCUUUUCAAUUAUUUGCGGAUGAUUAAAGAGGUAGUAACCCUUUGUAAAUGACAGUAUUGCAUAUUUCGGCCUAUUCAAUUCUUAGAUGUGAGUUGAGUGCAAUAUUGUCUAUUCGUAGUUGGGGCCGUGUUGGGCCAAUAUGUGACUAAACUGCAGAACUUGGUAGACAGAUGCAAUUUAAACCUGUUCCAGGGUAGUUAAUUCCGCGGUUCAUAUUUUCACACACAUAGAGACUUUGAUAAUUGUUUCUUUAUGAAGUUCACUAGCACCACACCUUAUACUAAUGUGCCGAGUCAAUUUUUUCAGAUUUGGAGGGUUGUCCAUAGUACAUAGGCAACUGCUCGUCCAUCUUAGCCUUGUCCAUGCCAUCGACCAGCAAUGCAAUGAUUGAACGCGGAUGAUUGAUCAGACACCUUUAAGAAGUAACCAGCUGAAACGAUGACCAUUAGGAAAGCCAGAUUCUUUUUCACAUCAUUUUCUACUCCCUCUACCCUAAUUCCAAAUCCAAGUCUCCGCUAUUUUUGCACUAACACAACAGCUGUAAAACGAAUAUCUCAAGUUCAAUAUCCUCUACAGUUCCUAGAAAAAUCUCCCCAAAGAAAUCUCAUUGCAGUGUCAAGUCUUCUGAAAAAAUAUGGUUUUCCAGCUCCAGAGCUUCCCAAAUUUCUCGAAAAGAAUCGUCGUUUGCUAAAUCUAGACCUGGUCAAAAUUGAAAAAUCUCUUAAGAUUCUAUUAUCCUUGAAACCAUCUCAAGAAUUCCUUGUGUCCGUGAUAAAUAGUUGUCCCAGGGUUCUAGAAUACGAUGCUAUAAGGAAAUGGGAAGGAGGCAUCCGAGGAUUGGAAGAGGGGUCCAUUUUAUCCUCCUUGGCUAUUCGGAAUAUUCUGGAGGUCUCGGUGAAGUUUGAACUAGAUUAUGAUUGUGUUUUGGGGUCUUUGAAAUGCCUGAAGGAUUUAGGGGUUAGUGAUAUUACUCUAAAUAAGGUUUUGGAGACACAUCCUAUGGUAACUAUGAUGUGUGCAGACAAGAUUCAUGACAGUUUUGAAUUCGUCGUUGAUGCCUUUGGGGUUGGAAACGUUGAAUUUGAUCGCAUUCUCCGCGUCUAUCCAGGUGUUUUGGCCUUUGGGAGUCAAAGUAAGUUUAAGCGAUUGCUUGGUGAAUUUAAAGUUCUGGGAUUUAACAAAGACGUGAUUAAGAAACAGCUUCUGAGAGAUCCUAGAAUUCUUGCAUUGGAAGUUGGGGAGUUAUCGCGGUGUUUGGAGCUGCUUAAGAGUUUGAAAUGUAGGGAAUCUAUUAAGAAGGAUAUUUUUCAUGAUGGUGCUUUUAAGGCUGGGUAUGAGGUGAAACUAAGGGUUGAUUGCUUACGCAAUCACGGGAUAACCUUAAGGGAUGCUUAUGGUGUGUUAUGGAAAGAGCCAAGAGUGAUACUAUAUCACGUAGAGGAUGUUGAGAAGAAAAUUGAGUUCUUACUGCACGUGAUGAAAAUCGAUAUUCCGUGUCUUGUUGAAGUUCCAGAGUACCUUGGGGUGAAUUUCGAGAAACAUAUUCUACCAAGAUUCAAGGUAAUUGACCAUUUGCGAUCUAUCGGAGGACUUGGUGAUGAGGUGGGGUUGAGGGAGUUGAUUAAACCUAGUAGAAUGAAAUUUUAUAAUCUAUACGUCAAGCCUUAUCCGGAGUGUGAAGCAAUAUAUGGAAGAUUUGCAAGAAAUACUGAAGUGAGAAGUCAACAUCCUGUGGGAAUGUGGAAGCUUUUCAAACCACCAAAUAAUCCAAAGUCCAGAGAAGAUAUUAUGAACAUUAAGUCGUAUAUGGAUUCAUUGGCUUGAUUUCUAGACUUCCUCAUUCUACCUGGAUAUACAUCUAUGUAGCAUUCCUUUGGACGAUCCUUUUCUGAGGCUUUCAGAUAUUUGUGGCAUUGAUGUUGGUGAAGCUGCAUUGAGAAAGCUGGAGCUAUGUGCCAUUGGCUGCACAAGUACUCUCUCAAUGCAUCCCAUUUUUUCGAGGACACUUAAAGUUUGCGGAGGUCCUAUGAUCCCUUUGGAUUUGUCUGAACUGGAAUUGCUAUCGUCCUGAAAGGAGGAAAUAGAAUAGAAUAAUCUACCUUAUUUUAUCCUUCUCAUCCCCCCGUCAAUCAAGCUGCACGGCCUUCUACAAACCGUUGGGAGUUAGCUAGCAACCUUGGCCUCCUGAACUGCCACAGUACAGCACAUGAACUCUAAGCUACGGUUAGAUCCACUAGACCUAUUCAGCCUGACCCAGCAACUUUGAACGGCCAGCCUGUUACCAGCUGAAACCACAUUCGUCUACAGAAUGGACACCGCCUAGUGUAAUCUCACAAGUUGGGACGGUCUGGAGAGGGUAAUGUGUUAUGCAAACCAUACCGUUACUUUGAGAGAUUUGCAGAAAUGUGUGGCGUUGUAGAAGGAGGAAUGUAUGAGGUGAAAGACGAUACCUGUCUUCCAGCCCGAGCAAGUAGAGUAAACUGAUCUCCAGUAGCUGGUGCCUGCGGGAUGCCAUAACAGAAAAGAGAAUGGUACAUCAUACAUGCACUAGUCUCAUGUCAAAAGUUGAACUUCAUUCAUACCCGUCUUCUUGCAGUAGUUCCUCGAUUAUUGUUUCAAGCCCCGGAAGAGGAUCAAUAACCGAACUGCCAUUCGAAUCCAAGGAAUUAGUAUUGACAGACGCAUCCUGCAAAGCGCGUCAUUUAUCAGCUGCAAUGUUAUGCAGCUUAAGCAAGAUUUAUGUUUCAUGAAGGAAGCAAAACGCGGAAUUGGAUCGUUUUGCACAGCUCAUCACCUUAUGAAUUACUUUGUCCAGAGUUUCCAGCAACGGAUCUUCCUCCAGUUGCUUAAUCGAUAAGGUAAUCCUAGAUUUUUCCCUGCGUUAUGUUCAUUUGUUACGGAGCUGUAAGUAUAAUUCAUAACAAACUUAUUUGUUUUUGUUCAUUCGUACUGCAAUAAGAUGGACUUUACCGAGGCUAAAAA